AUGCACGAAAAACUCAAAUUUGGCAUCGACUCGAUACUCGAUCCGUGCUUUGGCAGGACGUCCGUCGAAAAGGACUCAUCACUGGAUUUGAAGAUUCACGAUCAACACAGUCCUUCCACCGCCAUCAGCCCAUGUUCUUCGUUUGGUGCCAGUCCACCAGCACCAGUCAUCGACAACCGAGCCUUGUUUCCUGCAUGGGUAUUCUGCACCAGAUACUCGGAUCGUCCAUCAUCUGGUCCAAGAUCCCGAAAACCAAGAAAACGUGAGAUGUCAGAAGAGGAAAAGCGACCUCGUACAGCCUUCACUCCCGGACAAUUGGAUCGACUCAAGAAACAGUUCCUCGAUAACAGGUACAUUUGUGGGUGCAUAAAAAGCAAAAAAAACUUGAUUGUUCGAUCGUCAUGUAAAGUAGUGGACUGUAGCGCAAUUUAG